GUCCGGGCCACUGCUUCCUGCGCCGAGCUUCAGUGUUCCCUUCACCGUCGACGGGGAAAGGUUGUCGCUCGUCGCCUCGCUCGACUGCUGUGUCUCCAUCUCGCCCUCACAAAUGCUCCCAAGCAUCAGUGACGAUUUGCUCUGGAUUUAUAUAGACUUAAACGUGAUAUUUUAGGCCAGCGGUCCGAGGCAGGUGUGAAGUGAUAGAUGAUGAAUGUAUGAAUUAUAUUGAAAAUAUAUUAGUAUCAAAAAAGAUUAAUGGGUGUUGGAGAUAAGUGCGGUGACCUCUAGCAAUGUCUGGUGUAUAGUGGAGUGUGUGGGUGGAAUAUCAUCUUCAGGAUUCCUACGUACAUCCCCUCCUCCCAGGACCUCCACGCGGUGCCUCAGUCACACCAUCAGAACAUAACACAGAUAGAAGCACUUGUGUAUGGGGGAUGAGGCCGCAGCGGGAGCACUGAAGUGAGGGUUGCCUCCGUGAAAAUUGUCUGGCAUCUCGAAGUAACUUGGUGGUAAGCCAAGCGGAGGGGGAGUGAGAGGAGGGAGCAAUGUGAAGUGUGGGCGUGGAGAAGCAGCAUCAUCCUUCUCUCAAGUCCAGUGUCCUCUUGGCUCCUUCCUCGGGCGUCUGGCUCAAGGGCCACCUCCACCACAGCCCGCAAGUGGCAGCUCUCACCCCACUCGUGUGUCUCACAACGGCGGCAUGAAAGAGUGAGAUGGGAUAAAAGUGCGAAGGAAAACUAGUGUACACAUUGCCUGGAUUGUAUUAAGCGACUCAAAGUGUGUGUGGGAGUGUGGGUCCAUGGGUGCUUGAGUGUUCGCUGAUCGAACAUGUAGAUAUUGCUUGCUUGCGUCCUAACUAUACAGUCGACACUCCUGACGAGCCCAACGCGCCGAAGAUAAGCAAUAGCGGUAUCGUGCGGCAAAGUGAACUUAUCCCAUCACCACUCUGGGCGCGGCGGUGAGACAGUUCUCGAGGGGCUGGAUUCAAAGUGCCCCGUCCAUCAGUCAUGCCUACGUCCGCCUCGCCGUCACUGUGAGGCUCCGCCGCACCAGCCUCCCGCGUGUACUGUGGUGAUUAUGUGUGAUUGUGCGGCACCUCCCGAGGCUACAGCGACAAGAUGUGCGUCAUGAAGAUCCUCCUUACGGGGCUCCUCUGCGUCCUCACCCACGGCCCAGGCGGUCCACGGUUAGCCUGGGCUCAGCAGAAGCAGCAUUUCCGUAAUGCUCCCGAGAAUCAGCGUGUCAUCGAGGGCAACGUCGCUAUUAUCAAGUGUGAAGUGGGCAACCAGGCUGGCCGUGUCCAGUGGGCCAAGGACGGCUUCGUGUUGGGUUUCAACCGGAGCAUCCCUGGUUACCCUCGCUACGAGAUGAUCGGGGACGGCAUCGACGGGGAGCACCACCUCAGGAUCCACAAUACGACGCUCAACGACGACGCCGACUACCAGUGCCAAGUGGGGCCCGCCGACGGCCACCCGCCCAUCAGAGGCACCGGCCAUCUCACCGUCUUAAUGGCACCGGCAGCCGUGGAGCUGCUCGGGAGAGGCCGCGAGGGCGUGCUCGAGGUAAGCGAAGGGGAAGAGGUCACGCUGGAGUGCCGAGUGGAGGACGCCAAGCCUGUCGCCGACGUCGUGUGGUUCAAGAACGACCAGGAGAUCCACCUGGACUCUCGGGUCGACAUCACGGAGGAGUCCUCGAAGCACCGGCGCCACAACAUGAUCUCGAAGGUCACGCUACGGCUCACCCCGCAGGACGACGGCUCCCACUACAGCUGUCGCGCCGACCACCCCGCUCUCAACACUCCUAUGAGGGCCUCCGUCAAGAUCUCAGUCCAGUAUCCCCCUGGGCCUCCAGUCAUCACCGGUUACACGACGGGCGAGGCCAUCAGGGCGGGAAAGGAGCGCACCCUCACCUGCCGAUCAAGAGGCGGGAACCCACUGGGGCGCGUGGUGUGGUACAGGAACAACGAGAACAUCGACAGCACAGACAGGGCGGAAGGAGGAGAGAGUGUCAACGAAUACAAGUUCAUCGUGGACGCGGCUGACAACGGGGCCGUGUUUACCUGUGAGGUCCGGAACAAGCUGACCGACAAGCCUCUCCUCUCCUCGGUUAAGCUCAACGUCCAGUUUCCCCCGCAGAGGGUGAGAGUAACUGGUCCGCGACAGGCACGAGUCGGCGACAACGUCACCCUCACGUGCUUUGCCGAGAACAGUAACCCUCCAGCGAUGGUCUCGUGGGUCAUGGACGGGCAGCCCAGGCCAGAGACCUCCACCAGGAACGAGACGACAGGAUCGGGCGGCUGGCACACUAACAGCAAGCUGACCCUCACUGUGCCGUCCGUCAACAGGGACAUCACGUUCACCUGCCACGCCACCAACCAAGCGCUCGGGGAGACCAAAGUGGACACGUUUAAACUCCCCAUCCUCAGACCUCCGCAAGCACCCUACCUUCGCGGCUAUAGCGAGGGUACAGGGAUCAGCGUGGGCAGCGAACAGGUCAUCACUUGUGUCUCUAUAGGAGGCAACCCCGUCGCACAUCUCCAGUGGUACCGCAACGGGCAGAAGGUCGCCUCCCGCGUACACAAUGUGGAUGGAGUUAGUUCGGCAGAAGUUCACAUCAUCGCUGAGCCUGAGGACAACGGUGCGCAGUACAGGUGUGAGGCGCACAACGCUGCUGCGGCGUCCCCUGUGAGCAUCUCCACCACCCUGGUCGUCUACUUCCCUCCGGAGAACGUUAAGAUUAGCUUGAGUCCGCAGAGUCUACGUGCGGGCGAGCAGGCCACCCUCACGUGCGAUGCAGGCCCCUCCAAUCCUGCCGCCACCAUCACUUGGCUGAGGGAGGGCUACGAGAUGUCCGGCAGCCCCCAGCCCCCCUCCCACACCCGCAACGGAGGCACGAUCGUUGUCAACAAGCUGACACUCAGCCUGACGGCAGCUGACGACGGACUCACCUACACCUGCCAGGCCUUCAACUCCGCCCUGCAGAAGGCCGUCCGACAGUCCGUGACGCUGAGAGUUAACUACAAACCAACCUUCCUCACUGACCCUCCGCCGGUGGUGGACGUGGUGAUCGGGGAGUCUGAAGUGCUCAAUCUAACGGCGAGAGCAAACCCGGGGCCCGUGACGUACGCCUGGACGCGCCACGGCCUCCCCCUCCCCCAGCAGGUCAACGAGGACUCCUGGAGAAACGCCUACACCAUUGACCUGGAGGAGAUGGCAGCGGCGCCCAGUGAGACCUCCUCCUACGUGGCUGCUGACGGGCCUCUGCUUUACCUCAAGGGCGUGACGGUCGACGACGCAGGGGAUUAUGAACUUAAAGCGACUAAUUCAGAGGGCACAACGGACGCCAAGAUCUACAUCAACGUGCAGUAUCCUCCCACCAUCAAGUACACCUCCAGACUUGUCACGGUGUCGGAGGGACAAGACGCCCACCUGGAGUGUGCCGCCGACGGGAACCCCCUGACGGAGGCCAUGAUGAAGUGGUCGAGAGAGAACUACGACUUUACGCGCACUGAGCAGUCCUUCGGAGGGAAGAAAGCCUCCCUGAUGGUGCUGCGAGCCAACCGAAAUGACACGGGCGUCUUCAGCUGCGUGGUGAACAAUGGCAUCGGGAAGGAAACCAUGUCGAACGCUACUCUAGUGGUCAAAACGAAACCCCAGGUGGAGCGCUCUCAGCUCUUCAACCGGGCGGCGGUGGAGUUAGGGGGCACAGGCCUUCUACACUGCCGGGCGCAGGGAGCUCCUGACAUCAGCUUUUCCUGGAAGAGAGACGGCCACCUCCUCUCUAAUGGUGCCCGGCCUGACAAGUACGAAAAUGAGACAAUAAAGACUGGCCUCGUCACCUGGGCCUCCACAUUCAUCAUCAAGAGUGUCAGGGAACAUGACUACGGCGAUUACGUCUGUGUCGCCGAGAAUGAGUUGGGCGCCUCCACCACCCAGGUCCGCUUCACGCGCCCCACUCGGCCUGACCCGCCCCUCGCCCUCAAGAUCCUCAACACCACUCACGACUCCGUCACUCUAUCCUGGACUCCGGGAUUCGACGGGGGACAGCCACAGUACUUUCGUAUCCGAUACCGCAGUAAAUCGUCCAGCAGUUACCAAUUCGCGGACGUGGUGGAGUUCGGCGUGUACACCUACACUGUGACGGGCCUCAGCCUCAACACCGAGUACUUCUUCUCCAUCCAGAGUCGCAACAAUGACGGGGACAGCGAAUACAGGGGCGAGUUUGUCCGAGCCAUCACACGCAGCGAGGCCCCGCCCACGCCCGUGCCCUCCUCCAAUGUGGGCAAGGAGGCUUCCAAACUCCCUGGCCUUUGGGUGGUCAUCAUAGUGCUCGUUGCCACUGCCUUGCUUGCUCUCAACGUCUCUGCCAUUGUCUGUAUAGUUAGACGGAGACGCAACAAGAGGGCAUCUCCCCCCACCAAAAAGACGCCCCCGCCUUCCAUAUCGGCGUCCACUAUGCCCAAGGCUCUCCCGAUCUCAACCACGCAAGAAGGCAGCGACCAGGCAAGCAGCAAGAGUACCACCAACACCAUGUACGCGCCGUCCUCCUACAACGACACGGUGGUCGGGGAAACCUUGUCCUCCAUCUCCGAGAAGAGUCGUGAGUCGUACACGCAGGAGGACUCCGUGGUGGACUAUGAGGGCCCCGCCACCUCAGCCUGUCACCACUUCACUCCCUGUCAGGUUCACUUUCUCCAUGACCAUGUCUUCCUCUAUGACCACUGUGGCCUUCACUGUGGCCUUCCCUGUGGUUGUGAACAGACUCACAAACACGCGGCGUCCACUUACCUCAUAGACCAGAUUGAACCACCUCCAGAGUACGCGUCCCAGACCCCCUCUCAGCCCUCUAGCGCCGCCUAUGACCCGCAGGAGGAUGACUACGCCGAGGUCCUCCGAAGAAAUGCUUAUAACCACCAGUUAGGCAAAGUGACUCCUCGGCCACCUUCCCGCGCUACACAUUACAGCACUUCUCCUGAAACCAGAGGGUACCUUAGCUUCUCGUACACACCUUCUCCUACAGGUGUCCCUAACGGUGCAGCCCAGUACCACGCUGGAGGGCCCUCCGUGACCCUGGGGCUUCACGACCACGGCCAUGGCUACCCGGCGGACAUGGGAAGUAUAAGCGUGGAAGGAAGAGACCACUCGCACGCCCUGCAGUCAUUAGGGUUAGACUCGGACCCUCCUCCCUCUCUAGGCCUGGAACAGCAUUCUAUUCCCUCAGAACACCCGAGCCUCACGUUAGACCCCCACUCCAUCACAAUAGACCAUCCUGUCAUCGCCGUCACCGACUUCUCCAAUAGAAAUGGGGACCUCAGAGUGCAGCCGACGAGCCUCUCUACCUUCAACCCCAACCCCUCUCCCUCCACAUACAGUGAAUCGGAUCUCGAGGGUCAUUUAGUAUGACUGUAAGCAGACCCGUUUCUUACGGGAUGGGCGGCGAAUACGUGGAAUUACGCUUCUCCGAGAAGAGGGCUUUGUCUCAGCUGGUAGGCAUAGACGACCUAAGGACACACACACACAGACACACACACACACACACACACACACACACACACACACACACACACACACACACACACACACACACACAAGAAAGAAAGAAAGAAAGAAGGAAGAAAGUCACUCGUCAGGCCGCUGGGCGACCUUACCUGGCGAAAGUCGAGCUGUGCCGUGUUUGCUGGUAGAAACCAGCCAUCGCGACUUCAGGGAGAAUAGACUAUAUAUAGGACUCUUCGCAGACUUGCUUAAAUAACCAAAGAUUACUCCAGACAUAUAUUAUGAUAGUUACUACAAUCGCAUUUGAUUAAUUCCUUCAUAAUAUUGUGGGAAUCAAGGAAAAUUAACGGCUUUAACAUGCAUUUGGCAUAAUUUAUUUUUGAAAUGGUGUAUCCGUGUAUGAGUAUGUGGUACAGUGCUGGAACACUGCAGGAACAUCGAGAUCGGCUGAAGGAUCUGUUCAAACACACAGAUCGCAACAUUUCUCUCAUGUUGAAGAGAUUGUUUUAUUACUACACGUGUUGCAUGUGUCGAUAUGCUCUUGUCAGUCGGUAGGGCAAGGUGGAAUAUCCUCGGCAUCUCGCCAUCGGAGUAGGCAACGGCUGCCGCCCGCUCUGCCGCCCAGACAGACGGAACUAGGAGGUUUGGGUUUCGUUCAGUAACUCAUCACGCACAUGUCAGAGAAAGAAUGAAGCUCUGAGGAUCGAACCUGAAAAUGUCAAUAAAUACUUGUGUGUGCGUAUAUAUAUAUAUAUAUAUAUAUAUAUAUAUAUAUAUAUAUAUAUAUAUAUAUAUAUAUAUAUAUAUAUAUAUAUAUAUAUAUAUAUAUAUAUAUAUAUAUAUAUAUAUAUAUACUGAGACAGAGGGAAAACUCCAGGUAGAUCCUUUUUCUCAAGGUGAGCUUUUCCAGGGUAUUAAAUCUUAAGUCCCCCGGCGGCGACCCGCCUUAGUGUGCCGCAGGAGAGUGGCGCUGUCUGUUUUGGUGUAAUUGGAAGAAAUCCUUCGACUUACCUGACGACAUCAGUGCCGAAGCUGCAGGAUGGAUCCCGGAGCUCUGGGAAGGUAUUAGAGAUUGGAGCUGCAGGAAGGGAAUAAAAGAUGAAGUGAACAUAAGGAACGAGGGAACGUGGAAUAUGAUCAUUAGUGUGGCGGAUUAGAAUUGUGAGGUCAAUAAAGUCAACCAUAAAAUUAGUUGUUCUGCGUCUUGUCCCUGCUAUGAAAUUUAAUUUAGAGACCCAGGGAAUAUUUUGCAACACAUCUCUUUGUGAGCCAAAAAAAAGUUGGAGGCUGACGCUGAAAAUUGAGCUCACGUUGGUGGUUCAUCUUUUUAAGCUCAUCCCUCCGCACUUGUUAUUCGUUCCCCUACCCUAUCUUCCUCUUUAGGAUGGCAUCUUGCACUCCUCAUUUUUCCUCAGCAUUUCUCCUGUUUGUUUCUGUUAUCCCCGAAAUACAUCCUUGUCCUUGGCUGCCGAACAAGGUCCACCGACACUUUCAUACUGCCAAUACUUUACUGCCACAUUCUGUUCGGAUGACAGGACACACCAGCCUGCAACUUGAGCGUCACUGUAGACGUGUUUAGAAAUCAGUUUGAUUUUCACAAAUAUGUAAUUCUCUUUUAUGAUUUGUGUGAGUAGAGUGAGACUGAGUUGAACUGUUUCACUAACUCCUCCUCUGAGCCACCGCCUUUGGUGUGUUCUGUGCGGCAGGUCUCCAGCUCGAGGUGUUGCUUAAAUUCCCGGUGUCGUUGGGUGAGACGGUGGAGGCUGGCCGUGGGCGGGGCGUCAUCCCACCUGUCACCGGCUUUUUUUUUUUUCUUCUCCUUUUUUUACAAGGAAAAAUAUGUCUGUUUCUAUAUAUUUAUAUGAAAAUGUGUACUAUCUUGAGGGGGUGAAAACAUUUUGUAUAUCGCUGAGAAAUUUUAUAUACUAUAAAUGAAUUAUGUAACGAACUUGAAAAAUAUGGUGCGUACUGUGUUUGUUGUUUACAAGUCUGUCUGUGUGUAAAUACG